UCCAUCUGUUCUUAUACUCUCUCCUUCACUCUCUUUUUUUUUUUCUAUCUAUCUACUUACUUCAACCUCCUUUUCAAUUCUCUUGAAUUCCGAAAUGGCUCUUGGGAAAUCGAACAAGCUACCUCAAACAGCAGUAAUCAAGCAGAUUCUCAAGAGAUGUUCGAGCUUAGGCAAGAAACAAGGCUAUGAUGAAGAAGGUCUUCCCGUCGACGUACCCAAAGGCCACUUUGUAGUAUACGUCGGGGAGAAGAGAAGCAGAUUUAUUGUUCCAAUUUCUUUCCUAACCCAUCCCGAGUUUCAGAGUCUGCUUCAAAGAGCAGAAGAGGAGUUCGGCUUCCAUCACGAAAUGGGUCUUACUAUUCCUUGCGAAGAAGUUGUUUUCCGCUCUCUAACUUCCACGCUCAGAUGAAAGAUUGGGGAGCGGUUUCUUUGGAGAAGAUGGCAAAGACGAAGCUGCAUCGCUGCUUCUCUUUUUUGUAGAAUCUUCUUGCUUCUUCUUCUUCUUCUCAUUCAUCUUUUUUUCUUCCUCUGAUCUUCUGUUAAAAGACCCUGACUCAAGACCCAUGAACAUUUCUGGGUUAGAUUUUGUAUAUUUUAAGAUUUUCCUUACAGCGGUGCUGGUUUGCGCCCUGUGAGAGUACUCAUUAGUCAUUAAUGAAGGAAAAGGUGGCUGAUCCCCGUAUUAGUUAUUACGCUCUCAA